CUAUAUUAACGGUCAUAAAAACCCGUGGCGCACGAUAACGUGCAUUUCAGACGAUAACCGCAUCGAUAGAGCAAUGUCAGUCGACUUUUACAGCAAUUCGAAAGAUAAUCACCCUGGAAUUACCUCGGAAGAAACAACCAAGAGAUAAAAAUGAGAAUACACGUAAAUAUUUACAGUUCACGAUAAGUAAAGUGAAGUGAUCCUUUAUUGGGGCUCGUAUGGAGCGGGGUAUCCCUGCGAAACAUCGGAGUGGUUAUUUUCCCGCGAGAUUUGAUGCAUCGUCAAACUUUGCCGGAGUACUGCGUGUCGCCAUGCAUCACCAACAUCAGCCACUUGGCGCUCAGGCGUGAUCCAGGAUUGGCUGCAUGGGCCCGGUCAGUUGCAUAGCGAGCGCCAACGCGCCGGCUGGGAUACAUUUUCACACUCUGCCAAGUUCAUUUAUCAAAUCCUUCCCCAGGAACAUCAACAUCAACGGUUGUUGUGAAUACACCAGCGACAAGUUAGACAAACAACGAGCGAGCUCUUUUCAAAACCGUGGAAUCCACGUUAUUGAGGCAGCGCCGUGAACAAAGUGGAAGUUACCGUGCCUUCUUUUCGGUCAGAUGCCCGCAGGACAAGAGAUUGCCAACGCGCAUUGAACUUGCAUUAUUGAGGUUUGCCCCCGCGACACAGACGUGCGUACCCGUACCGUGUCAGCUCGCCAUUCAUUCUGAUAUCGUCAUGGGCAAGUUGACGAGUUGGUUCAGUUUCUUACGCCAGUCUCCCCGCAUCAUCAGCAUGUCUUCCGUGGAAUACAUUAUAACGCGUGUGAGGAGUACACAACUACGGGUGAUCUUCUGUCUUUUAACGCUUUUCAUGUGCAUCUCCUUUGCCGAGGGUCUUGACAUUUCAUCAGGUAGAGUUGUUUCAUCACGUUCUGAUACGGGUACUGGGAAGACAUCAGGUCGAGUGGCUGAGUUGGUCUCAAGAGAAGACCAAGAGAAAAGAACGGGUAUACACAAACUCAAUAAAACAGGGUCACUGCAAGACAUCCUUGCAGAUGAAGGACUGCCGAAAACUCACAAAGAAGGGGCGGUGCCCAACAGGAGAUACGGCGUCUUCAGCGGAAAGAGGAGUUCCUCUCGUUUGAGGACGGUUCAGACGAGAACAGCGAAGCCAAAACUCUUAGCUGAAAGUGAUGGAGAUGGUAUGAAAACAUGGGAGCAACUUUGGAACGAGCAGGCACUUCCUCCCUCACUGCCAACCUCCGGUGAGAUAGAUACGGAUGACUAUUAUACCUACGAUUACUUCGAGGAUGCUGAAGACGAUGAUGAUGAUGAGGAGGACGAAGAGGACGAAGAUUCCAAAGGACUUUCCAUUGACAGGAGCAAGAAAGACACCUCUUCAGCAGAAAGCAAGUCGCACUCCCUGGAUCGCUUAGCGGAGCUGGUGACAGGGGCAAACCCACAGAUGGGACCGGUUAAUCUUGGCACGCCCAACCCGGACAUAGAAAUCACCAUCGAGAUCUUGAACGGGGAAGACGCCAAACACGAAGACGUCGUUAUAUCUAUGGAUCUACGGGAUGAUAUUGUGGGCACGCCCGCGACACCAGAUUCGCGUCGACACGAUGGGGAGGGAGCGCCUCGACCGGAAGGCGAGACAGACCAUGACAACGUCUUGAUCCCACCAACCAGCAAGAUUGACGAGGAGCCUUCCCAAUCAGAGGAGGAACCAGAUUUGGGUGGGCCUGACGAUGAUGACCAAGAUAGUUACUACUCCUUCGAGUUUGUCACACUACGUCGACUACCUGACCCGGAUGCCAUUAACUUCGAACCAGAUGACCCCGAGGAGACGAUUGGGACGUGGACUGAAUGGUCCUCCUGCUCAGCGUCGUGUGGGGGCGGUAGAUCAGAGAGGUCUCGGUCCUGUGGCUUCUCUUGUAUGGCAACGGAAUCUAAGGACUGCAACCAACAGGCAUGCCCACGUGGAGGGAAAAGUGAAUCUCGCCCAGAUGCUGCAGUCGAGAGACCUCAACCACCUUCUGUUGAUUCGGAGUACUUGGAGACAGUCUUAGACCCAAACAACUUCGAUACAGACAGUUGCGAGGAGUGGAUGGGGUGUCGCAGCGAGACGCUUCUCUCCUACCUAUCUCGACUUCAAGACCUACCCAACUGCCCAUGUUUCUACCCCACAAACCUCCAGCGUAACAACGCUAUAUGGGACCGGCAGAAGCGCCAAAUGUUCCGUUGGAUGGACACGAGUGGUGAGGAUGCUAGGCUGGAUGUGUAUAAGCCCACGGCCUCGUACUGUAUCAUAUCUUUACUAUCACCGCACAGUACCAGCCUGGCGGCGCAGCAAUGCUGCUACGACGAGAACCUGCGGCUGAUCACAAGGGGGUCUGGGGCGGGUACCCCACAACUCAUCAGCGCUGAGAUCUCGCCUGAACUCCACUACAAGAUCGACAUCAUGCCCUGGAUUAUCUGCAAGGGAGACUGGACCAAGUACAAUAAAGUCAGGCACCCGAAUAACAUGCGGGAGUGUAGGGAGCUUCCGGAUCAGGCCGAAUUCUACCGUUUGUUUCAAGAGGCCAAGAAUUUCUGAGAAGGGCGUCACAACCAGCAAAGGUGAAAGUCCUCAAAAAGCUCGCACAUUUUUACAACGAGGGUCGACCAAUGCCUCAUAGACAUGUCCGAUUAUUGAAGAAGCCUCCGGGCAACAUACCGGAGUUGUACAUCAUUCAUCGAACCUUGGAUGCCCGUUAAAAUCUACCGCCAAAAAUCGCCUAGGGGAGCCAAGGUUCCCCUGAAAUCCUUGUACUAACUCGGAACCGUCUGUGGGUUGACCACGGGGCAUGGAACCGGUGCGUCGACCGCUCAGUCCCGCUGGUCUAGGAGGGCAAUGACAUUUUGACCGUAUCAUCACCGGACUAAGCUGCAAUAACAGUUACAUAGGUAGAAUUCAUACCACAACAAACUUGGAACCGCGUACCUCACCUAUAAUACCAGAACUAAUACCCGGGCAUGCGCUGAGAGGCAGCACUUGUGUUUUGGAAACCUCGAAAGGGUAUCCUUGUUCCUUGAUAUGAUGGGCAAUGUCUUGGGCAAUGUAUUACGUGUACAGUGCUAGAAUUCUGUAUUGUAUAAAUUUCUCAGGGACAUCUUGAAGACUAUAUAUUUUCUAUUUAUUAAGACAUUAUUAACAGGUCAAAUGGCACCCCGUAGUUUAUUUGAACUUUGUAAUCAUUUUGCUGGUCUUUCACAGAAAUGCCCAAACCAUGACCGUCUGCUGAAGAUCAUCACUAUAGGCCUUGUGUUAAGGCAACACUUCGUCGUUCUCUCUUUGGUAGCCACAGUUUCAUAAUCCAUAUUGCAUUGUACAGAUUAAACUCCUCAUUGGAACAUAUUUUUUGGAACUCAUAAUUUCCUAAAACUAUUUUCGUAUUAAAGUCGCUAUAGCGUACAAACGCAGUGUGCGUAGAAGUUGUUAAAGACCCGCGUUAAAGUUGCUGUCCACGGUGCUCAUCAACAAAUCCAAUUUAUUUCCUCCUAACGAGUUUAAAUUUUAAUGUUGUAUUUUCAUGAAAAAAACCCCUAAGUUUCCCGUUUUUGGCGUCUUCAACCCUUCGACAAAGGGUUUUGUUUUGUGUUGUGUUUGCGCCUAAAAAGAUUUGCUUGCGUUACUGUCGAGCCGCAUUCGAAAUUCGAAAUUGAUAAUUUCUUAAAUAAACGUGGACGAUGUUAUUUUUAGUUGGAUGUCUCAUUCAAAAGUACAUUGCCAGAAAAACAGCAUUUUAAAUGGUCCUUUUUUCGGGGAAAACUCAAAACAGCAUGGUGACAUGACAGCAACUGCCCGCACAGAAAUCCUAUUCUCGUUGCGUGAGAUCGGAAAACAAGAUUCUUUUCUCAAAGUUGUAAUGCUAGGUAAUCUUACCCAUCCAACAUGAAGUAUUUCACUGAAUGUGAUAAUAAGUAAAACGGAAAGGAAAGAUGGUUUAUGUGUGUGGAGAUUGGACGUAAUUUUGACAAUGAACGUUAAAACACGAAAUGCACGUUGGAAAUAAAGUCACCAAGUAGGCCUACACGAUGUGAAUCCAUUCCUUCAAAUCAGAUACUGGGUUUACUAUUGUCUCGAGGUUGAAAGUAGAUCCCGGGAACGAGGCUGGGAGACACCGUGGUGAUAUGAGAAUGUCACGGUUAUCGUGACCCAUACUGCGCCCGUGUUAUUCUUCGUAAUGAUUCCUGUAACCGCCCUACUGAGCCUUCACGGGGCAUUAAAGUCUUAUAGGCCAGUUACACACUUGACGCCAAGUACAUGUAUACUGGUUGUCAUUGGUUCAUGCAUCUGAUUGCCCAUCUAAAUUUAAGACCUAUCUUUAGUUCAUCGUGAUAUCCGUUGUGCAGUAUCAUGAUCACUAUCCCGUGUUUUAACAAAAAUCUGAAUGUAUCCCUGGCAUUCAAUAAAAUGGUAUUACCGUGAACGGAAUAUCUGAAUGACAACACGAUAUGAAAUCGUAAUCUCAAUAAACUUUCAGAUAAUAAAAAAUGCAUUUAGGGGUCUAUACUAUUUUCAUAUACAUGUAUAGAAACGUCUCGAUUAUUCGUCAUAACUCAUAACAAAUA